CCAGGUGCGAGGACGGAGGUUUGACCGAACCGUUGGCCGUUCCGAGCGAAGAGAAUGACUCCCGAUGUUGUAGUAAUCGGCGCAGGACCGGCCGGUCUGGUUACCUGCAAGACUCUUGUUGAAGCGGGGCUUGAUCCUGUCAUACUCGAAUCCGAGUAUGCAAUCGGUGGAACGUUUCGAUACAGGUCUUACGAGAACGCCAACCUUGUCAGCUCUAAGCAGCUGACGUCCUUCAGCGACUUUCGGCUGCCUCGCGAACACCCCGACCAUUUGACUUUGGAGGAAUACGUCCAAUACCUCGAAGCCUACGUGGAACACUUCAAGCUUGCUGCGCGCAUACAGUUCGGCUGCAAGGUUGUGAACGUAUCGCGUGAUACGGACGGUACCCAUGUGGUGACGUACGUUCGACGCGCGGCAUCCUCGGAUACAUCGCAAGAACAGGAACGCAUACAGGCGAAGUAUGUGGCGGUUUGUUCAGGGCUACACGUCACCCCGGCCGUACCAUCCAUUCCUGGUGUCGAAAAUGUCCUCAAGCGACGCUCUGAAGGCGCUCCUCUGCCAGAAGUAUAUCACUCCGCGGUUUACAAACGUCGAUCUCAACUGCAAGGACGUCGCGUUAUGAUCCUUGGGACUGGUGAGACAGGGAUGGACCUCGCCUACGAAAGCGCAAAGGCCAAAGCUACAGAGGUCGUCCUGUGUUCAAGGGCAGGAUUCUUGUCUUUCCCGAAAGCUUUGAACGACUUCUCCUUGUUUGGGUUCAAGUUUGAGUCCGACACGCCUCUGCCCAUCGACUGUCUCAUCACGAAUUUUGCUGAAACCGCAUACGUUCAUCCUUGGGUUGCAGCUUCGCAUAUACGAUGGUUCAUAUCAGACUUCGUCAUCAAACGUGUAUUAUGGAUAUUGACAGGAACUCAAGCGGGUUGUAAUCAGUGGGUUGGCGAGCUGGAGCCCGACCGCCUUGGCCGCGCAUACGUGUUCCUGAACAAGUCUCACAAAGCCAUGCCGUACAUUAAUCGGCCAUACCGACGUCGUCCGGCAUUCAUGGACUACUUUUCGAAGUACGUCGACCCACCGGAGGACUCGCCGCCCCAAACGGACUUCACCGUCGAGCUUGCACCGUUCCCGACGCAUUUUGACGAGGAAGGCCGAGCCGUGUUCCCUCUCGCCAAGCGCAACGACGGGAGCAUCAGGAAAGACGCCCUGCGUAUGGCCGGACGCGAUUUCCGUCCCGAUACUGUCAUAUACGCCACCGGCUAUACGCAGAAAUUUGGCUUUUUUGACGCGAAUAGCGACUAUGCCACGCCGGACCAAGCAGACGUACGAAAUAUCGUCAAGUCGGGCGAUGAAUCAGUAGCUUUCAUAGGCUUCGUACGACCUGGCGUCGGUGCAAUACCACCGAUCGCUGAGAUGCAAGCCAUGUUCUGGGUUGCGCUCAUCCAGGGCAAGAUACGAAAGCAACUAUCGCCUCCGCAUUAUCACUUGCUUGUGAAGGAGACCGCACGGAUCAAGUACGGCGUCGACCACUCGACCUAUAUCAGCACUCUCGCGAAGGACAUGGGUGCCGCACCUGGAUUAUGGGAGCUUUGGCAAGAAUAUGGCACACAUGUGCUUUUAUGCUACUGGCGAGUCUUCGGCGCAGCUUUCGUGCCGUUCUAUCGACUCGUCGGUCCUUAUCGUUCAACAUCUGCGCCUCCAACUAUCAGGGGCGAAUUAUGGGAUACGAUCACUAGGCGUGGUAUUUUGGGUAAUUUACUCAUGGGCGUCAUACCGAUGAUGUUCUAUGGGACGCUCAAUCUCCUAGCUUGGUGUGCGGAAACGGUAUGGAGGUUAGCUGGCGGUGUGGAGGUAAUGUGA